CUUUAGUUCUCCCAGGCGCGUCGAGGUGGGAGGUGCCGAGCAAGGGCGACGCAACGCCGUAAAUUGCGAGCCUCUCCACGGCCGGAAGUGGUUCAGGCGCAGCGGCUGCGAGUACAGCGGGAAAGGCUGAGAAAAGCAGCCAUUGGUUUCUUUCGCCCCGCGGCUCUUGAGGCGAGAGGGCAGAUGAGGGAGGCCUCGCCUUAGGGCGGCCUGGCUGCUCUCGAGCGGCGUGAGGAGGAGUCUUCCCUUCCGGUGCAAUAUGUUCAAGAGAAUGGCUGAGUUUGGGCCUGACUCUGGAGGGAGAGUGAAGGGUGUUACUAUUGUGAAACCUAUAGUUUAUGGGAAUGUUGCACGCUAUUUUGGGAAGAAACGGGAAGAGGAUGGACACACGCAUCAGUGGACAGUUUAUGUUAAACCUUAUAGAAACGAGGAUAUGUCUGCCUACGUAAAGAAAAUUCAGUUUAAGUUGCAUGAAAGCUAUGGUAAUCCAUUACGAGUUGUAACUAAACCACCGUAUGAAAUCACUGAAACCGGAUGGGGUGAAUUUGAAAUCAUCAUUAAAAUAUUUUUUAUUGAUCCUAAUGAGAGACCUGUGACCCUGUACCAUUUGCUGAAGUUGUUUCAGUCUGAUACUAAUGCAAUCCUGGGGAAAAAAACUGUCGUUUCUGAAUUCUAUGAUGAGAUGAUUUUUCAGGAUCCUACUGCAAUGAUGCAGCAACUCCUGACUACAUCUCGGCAAUUAACACUUGGUGCUUAUAAGCAUGAAACAGAAUUUGCCAAUGUAGAAGUAAAAACUCGGGAGAAGCUAGAAGCUGCCAAAAAGAAAACCAGUUUUGAGAUUGCUGAGCUUAAAGAGAGAUUAAAAGCAAGUCGUGAAACUAUAAACUGUUUGAAAAAUGAAAUCAGGAAACUUGAAGAUGAUGAUCAGUCCAAAGAGAUAUAAUACAUACAAUCCUCCUAAAGAGAUGAUCAUGGAACUGACACAGAUUUUGUAGUAGCAACUGUAUAUAAGGGAUUUAGGCAUUUCUUUGCAAAAGGAAACAAUGUACCAUUUCUUUUAAAGUAAUAUUUUCAUUGUUGAAAUUAAAGAUGUUUUAUUAUUUUAAAUCAUACAACUACCUCAGAACUGGAAAAAAAUAUUCUAAAUUGCAUUUGAGGUAAAGUUAAAAACUUAAGCAUUUGUAUUGCUCUUCACUAAACUGUUUGUGAAAUCUGUCCACAUAAUUGGUGUUCACAUAUUUAAUAGUGUUGUUCACUUCAUGGGCUUUUCAGCCAUUAACCCAAAUAGGAGAAAGUCUUUGGUGCAUUGGUAAUAGUGCCAUCUGAAGCAAAGUUAUGUUCCUGACAUCAGUUAAAGUUUCAUGUGGCUUUCUGUGCAGCAUUGUCAGGAUCAUUUGAUAGUGCCUAUUGGAUCAAGAGUUGCUGUUGGGUUUACAUAGGUUACACUUCGCAAUGAUAAUUCUACAGUUUUUGUGCUUUGUGAAUUGCAGGUACCAGCCUUUUUCAGUUGUUGUUGUGAAUAAAAGUAUUUUGGGAAUGGACAGUCCUA